UCCUUGAUGGCUGUUAUUCUCACUUUGCUUGCGUCUAUGGUUAUUGGCUUCUUCUGUACUCAUGCAGAGCUAGCUUGGCUGGACAGCUUGAACACAAUAAAGAUCUAGUCCUUAUCUGCUUGCAAGGGGGGCACAGAUUAGCACAUGGCAUGGGGCACAUGACAAUCUUCGGACAUGGUCAUCUUGAGGACUGGCCUGUAGGUGCUCGAUACACAGCAAAUGUUGGAAUCUGUGGUAUUGUGGCUGCUGCUAAAUGUUGCACAAUGUUCUGCCACUGCCAAGUAUGUGUUUCUGUAUCCAAGGCAAGGGAAAGUUAAAUAUAUUGUAUUUGUUGUGGCUCUCUGGCUUUUGAGGAAUGGCUAAUGGAGCUUGCACUGGAUUUCCAUGUAAGCAGAGGGAUGAGUCAUAUGUCAUUCCAUCCUAGAUUUGCUUGCUAAUGACUGUCAGUGAUCACCAUUUAUCUCUCAUAUCUCCCCAGUGACCUGUUUAAAUAUGUGCUUGAUGAAGAGUCUCCAGGUUCUGACUUGCCUGAGGCGUUUGGCCAGCCUGAAUAGUAAUUUGCAGUAGAAGAAAUUGAGUGAAGAAUUGCUGACAUGUAUUUGCAUGGAAGACACCAAGUAAAACAAUGAAGCAAUAGAGAUGCUUCCCUUUGUGAUGACCACCUUCGGCUCAGCAGGGACGACCUGCAGGUCUUCCAGCUGCAGCAACAACAGCACCAAGGAUUAUUGCUACAGUGCCCGCAUUCGCAGCACCGUGCUGCAGGGCUUGCCCUUCGGAGGGGUACCCACCGUCCUUGCCCUUGAUUUCAUGUGCUUUCUUGCGCUGCUGUUCGUUUUUUCCAUUUUGCGUAAAGUGGCCUGGGAUUACGGUCGCCUGGCAUUGGUGACUGAUGCUGACAGGAAGCGGCGCUGGCAGCAGGAGCAAGAGGAACGGGAAUAUGUGGCAUCUGCCCUACAUUCUGACAGCCAUGAUCGUUAUGAGCGCCUCACUUCCGUCUCCAGCUCCGUGGACUUUGACCAAAGAGAUAACGGCUUCUGCUCCUGGUUGACCGCAAUCUUCAGGAUAAAGGACGAUGAGAUCCGUGACAAGUGUGGGGCCGAUGCAGUCCAUUAUCUCUCCUUCCAGCGGCACAUCAUUGGCCUGCUGGUGGCCGUGGGCGUCCUCUCCGUGGGCAUCGUGCUGCCAGUGAACUUCUCAGGGGACUUGCUAGAGAACAACCCCUACAGUUUUGGCAGAACCACUAUUGCGAACUUGAAUUCGGGGAAUAACCUCUUGUGGCUGCACACAUCGUUCGCCUUCUUGUACCUGUUGCUGACUGUGUACAGCAUGCGCCGCCACACCUCCAAGAUGCGCUACAAGGAGGACGACUUGGUGAAGCGAACUCUCUUCAUCAAUGGUAUUUCAAAGUAUGCUGAACCUGAAAAGAUCAAGAAGCAUUUUGAGGAGGCCUAUGCAAACUGCACAGUGCUGGAGGCCCGGCCCUGCUAUGACGUGGCUAGGCUGAUGUUCCUGGAUGCAGAGAGAAAAAAGGCAGAGCGUGGGAAGAUCUACUUUACCAACUUGCAGACCAAGGAGAACACCCCAUCUAUGAUCAACCCCAAACCCUGCGGUCACCUCUGCUGCUGUGCUAUCAAAGGCUGCGAAGAGGUGGAGGCCACGGAGUACUACACGAAACUGGAGGAAAAGCUAAAAGAAGACUACAAGAAAGAAAAGGAGAAGGUGAACGAGAAGCCACUGGGCAUGGCCUUUGUCACCUUCCAUAAUGAAGCCAUUACAGCCAUAAUUCUUAAAGACUUCAAUGUGUGCAAGUGUCAAGGUUGUAGGUGCCGUGGGGAGCCCCGGGCCUCCUCUUGCAGCGAGUCUCUCCACAUCUCCAAUUGGACGGUCUCGUAUGCGCCUGAUCCUCAGAACAUUUACUGGGAACAUCUAUCCAUUCGUGGUUUCAUCUGGUGGAUCCGCUGCCUGAUCAUCAAUGUGGUACUCUUCCUCCUGCUCUUCUUCCUCACUACUCCUGCCAUCAUCAUCACCACUAUGGACAAGUUCAAUGUCACCAAGCCGGUUGAGUACCUGAAUAAUCCCAUCAUCACCCAGUUCUUUCCUACCUUGCUCCUGUGGUGUUUCUCUGCUCUGCUUCCUACCAUUGUGUAUUAUUCCGCCUUCUUUGAAGCCCACUGGACCAGGUCUGGAGAGAACAGGACGACGAUGCACAAGUGCUACACCUUCCUCAUCUUCAUGGUUUUGCUGUUGCCAUCACUAGGUCUGAGCAGUCUGGAUGUCUUUUUCCGCUGGCUGUUUGACAAAAAGUUCCUGGCUGAGGCUGCCGUGAGAUUUGAGUGUGUGUUCUUGCCAGACAACGGGGCCUUUUUUGUGAACUACGUAAUAGCCUCAGCAUUUAUCGGGAAUGCCAUGGACCUGCUGCGCAUCCCCGGUCUGCUGAUGUACAUGAUCCGACUCUGCCUCGCCCGUUCCGCUGCUGAACGCAGGAAUGUCAAACGGCACCAGGCCUAUGAAUUCCAGUUUGGGGCAGCCUAUGCCUGGAUGAUGUGUGUCUUCACAGUGGUGAUGACCUACAGUAUCACCUGUCCCAUCAUUGUCCCCUUUGGUCUGAUGUAUAUGCUGCUGAAGCAUCUGGUGGACAGGUACAACCUCUAUUAUGCUUAUCUGCCAGCCAAGUUGGAUAAGAAGAUCCAUUCAGGGGCUGUGAACCAGGUGGUGGCAGCACCUAUCCUUUGCCUCUUUUGGCUUCUCUUCUUCUCUACUGUGCGCACAGGGUUCCUGGCUCUCACAUCCAUGUUUACUUUUGUGGUUCUUGUCAUCACCAUCGUGAUCUGCUUGUGUCAUGUCUGCUUUGGACACUUCAAAUACCUCAGUGCUCACAAUUACAAGAUCGAUCACACAGAGGUGGAUGCUGUGGAUGGGAGGGAAAACGGACGACCUGCUGCCAGCCAGCCACCCGCUCCUAAAUCAGCUCAGAAGUACAUUGCCCAGGUGCUGCAAGAUUCUUCACCGGAGGGCGACGUGGCCGAGUCCGAGGAACAGGGGUCCCAAGAUGAGGAGCUCAUCAACCCCAAUGGCAUAAAUGAUACGGAUUUCCAGUCAUGCGAGGACAGCCUGAUAGAAAACGAGAUCCAUCACUAGGGAUGCGAGGAACGCAGAGGGGGGCGAGGGGGGCCUGGGAGCUGCCAAGGCUGCUACGCACCAUGUGUAUGUGUAUGUGUGAGCGACAGAGGGAGAGACGAGGAAGGGGAGGAAUGGGCAGGCCCCUGCCGCCGCACCUUCCCACCCACCUGGCCGCUGCAUCCACUGCUCACCUGAGGUGGGGAGAGCCUCUUCAUUGGACCUUCACCCCCAUCUUUCCCAUCCUGCUCCUCUCUCUAUCCUCCUCCUCUGGGAUGGGAGGGGAUUCCUCUUACAAGCUACCUACCUACUCUUUUGAAACUUUGCAAGCCCAGGAUGGCGUUGGGAGGGGGUGGCUGGGCCCCCUGCUCCUCAGCAGGGGCAGGGAGGGAGGGGGCGCCAGGGACCACUGUGGCCUGGAUGCUUCCUGGUGGAAACGGCCACCCCCUCCCUCAGCGCACACCCUCUCCCCCUCUCCCCUCCCUUAUCUAGGAUCAGGAACGCUACUAAUGUAUUAGAUGUAAAAGAGAAUGGAGCUUUAAUCAUGGUACUCGACUCCCCAGCUAAGAGCGUGUGGCUUUGCACCUGGUGGGAAUCGGUCAUUCCGGCCAAGCGGAGCUGUUUUUAAGGCGUGCGUCUAAGUUCUCCCACGUGCUUGUGCCUCGGCAAGCAUUUCAUCUCCAGUGCCUGAGAGGCCCCGCGGUGACGGCGCUGGCCGGCCACUCUGUCCCUGCAGGGGAGGCUGCCCAGAGCGAGAGGACCAAGCCGCAGGGGCGCUGCUGCAUGAGCGGUGCCCUAUGAAAGCCCCCGCCGGAGCACGCGGCUCAGUGACCCCGAGAGCCAGUGGCAGGAGCGGCUCCCCGGAGCCAAGGAGCACCCCUUGCGGGGCGAGGGGAGUGCGGAAGACGGGAGGGCGUGAGGGCCCCGUCCGGGCUGGCAGGUCUUCUCUCCCAUUCUCCCCAUCCCCAACGAGCGGUUGUGCCCCACGUGGCGCAACAGCAGGGGGUCUCAGACCUGGGACACGGUGCAGUUGGGGUUCUGCAGCAUAUUUGCACUUUGUUUUACCCUUAAAAUGGACUAAAACCCAAACGUUCUCUUGUCCUGUCUGAUUUCUAGGGAAACGGUGGAGGAGAGGAGGGUUGGUUUUCCUAGGUUCCCAUAGAGGGGGAGAGACUCCUGCAUCCCAGGGGCCGGGAAGCUCCCCCGCCGUGCCUCUGGCUCUGGCAUGAGGCCCCCCAUGUGCUCCAUAAGAGGCAGCCCCACCCCUGUUGUUCGCACCCCACUCACCGCCUUGCAUGCGACUCGAGGGCCCGCCUUCGGCUGGGAGGCAUCUCUGUCUCAUGGACGUUCUGUGAAAGGGGUCUUUAAACCCCUGUCAUCCCACCCUUGUGUUGGCAUCAUUUGCACAGACGCUUGGGAUCGCUUCUUUCCCCACUUUUUUCCCUUCUGUAAGAUUGGCAGGUGCUAAAGGCGGCCAUAGAAUCCGUUCCUGUGGACCCUGUCAGUAUAUCACUUCGGAAAAGUACUUUCGGCUGCACAGGGAAGGGGCAGAUAAAGGGAAUGCGGGGUCUUGAUGGUAGCACCCCACCCUUUGAUAUGGGGUUUUGGCAUGUGGGCAAGCACUAGUAGGCCUUUCGCUUCUGGCUGGUUUUGGCUUCUGUGGGGUCGCUGGUCCUGAGGACUGGAGAGUUGACUUUUCUACAGUCGCUUCCUUUCUCUGCACCAGACCCCAAGAGAAGCUGCUUGGCCUUUUCAGUUUUUGCAUUCUCCUCAUCUUCACUGCACUGUUCCUUGCCUUUAAGAAGCUGCCCCUGAUGGGAAGCCACCAGUGUGAUGUGUAAGCAACGAGUCACCCUCCAAGGGUAUGUGUGUUGCUGUCAUGUUGCUGUGUGUUGCUUUGCCCUUCCAGCUGAGGACUCGCCGCCUCUUGUGGAUGUCAGUAAACCAAAUCUCAAACCCUGAUAGGGCUGCAGAGUGGCUGAUGCGCUCGGUGGUAAAAGCGAAGAAAGAGGUAGCUGAGGUGCCAUCAAGAAGGUGUAGUUUGCUAUCAGUCAGGACUAAACCCAGGAUGGCUGUUGCUUGAAGCUUCUUGACUGGGAACCCCAGGAGAUGGAGAGAAGGAGCCGGACUUCACACUCCCUUCGAGGAGGGGACCUGAGAAUCUGAGGAGCCCAUUUCACCCUUACGAACCGGCCCUCAGCUUGGGGGGGGGGUUGUUUUUGGUGGUAUUUUCCAGGGGUUGGUGGAGCGGGUUGGUGGAGCCCAUGUUUCAGCAGCCUGGGACCUGCGGAUGCGCUGGCCACACUGGCGGGGAAUUACCGGACUGGCAGCCCAAUGCGCACGGGGAGUGCGGGGCUGGGACAGCCUGGCUUGGCAUCCCUCCUCCUCCUCCCACCAUCACGCACAUGGCCAUGCCCGCUCUGAAAUGCACGUGGGUUUCAUUUUAAUUGUUUGUUCCAGGAUGUCUCUCUGAUUCUGUCCAGACAUAGUACGUGUCCCAUGCCAGGGUUCCCGCCCGUGUCCGCACUGGUUCGCCUCGGCACCAGAUUCCUAGUAGUGCCUGCCGCCCCGGCCCCUCCUGCAGCAGCCCCACAACCUCAGCCUGGGAUGACCGGGAGAGCGCCGAAGGCUCCGCUGGUGGCGAAUGGGUGUGUCGGGAGCGGCCCACGUGUGCCCCCCCACAGGGAGCUGUGUUCUCACUGGCACUGUGUCUGUGUAGAGACGUGUAUAAUACCCUGUACAUAUUUGUGUAAAAAAGACAAAAAAGGAACUUAUCAUA